AUGCAUUUGGGCCGUAUCAAUAUGAUGAAGAAGCUGACGGGGAAGAUGAAGUCGUUGGAUGAUCAUAAGAAGUUUGAUGUUGCCGUUGCUCACAGCGAGUUCUUGAGGGUUGAUGUGCUUUGUCGUGCCUGCAUAAAAAGAGGAAUGUCAGCAAAGGCAAUGAUUGGCUUACUCAACAAGGCGGUGAAUGGUCUGUACAAGCCAAAGGGCGUUACAGAAACUGAACUGCUCCGGGCGAAGGUGUUCUCCAAUAUCGCCGGCUCCCGUGCACUUCAGAUCCUUCAUCGCUCGACUGGAGCACUGUCCGAUCGAACGGUGCGUCGGCACACAGUGACACCACCACUGUGGGUGUUGGUUGCAGCGCCAACAGUCGAAGAAGUCCAGUUCAACGUCAGCAACACUUUUGGUGGAGGAGGCAGGGACAUGCCUACGGGGGCGGCGGUGGAGACUAGCUCCCUCAAUGUGCCGGGCUACCAGCUGAUGAUUGACAAAAUCAAAGUGGAGGGGAGGCCACGAUGGGAUGACAAAACCAACAUGAUCCUGGGUGUGGCAAGGGAGGAUGCGUUGAAGGUUGGUCUGGAGUUCUCGUCGAUGGCAGAGGUGGAUGCGCUGCUGGAUGCGAUAAAGGGAGGUGAUGUGCGGUUGGCAGUGGAGGCCACCGUUGCAGCGAUUGGGCUACUUUCCGAUAACUCAAAGGUGUAUGCCGCACGGCCUGUCGUGGUGUCAGGAACGUGUAAGACAGAAGAUGCUAUGACCCACGCGAAGCUCAUUCAAACCGUCAUUGAUGGCUGCAAGAAUGUUCCGGGCUGCUUGUACAGCCUGGCUUCUGAUGGCGAGGCACGACGUGGAGCUGCAUUUGUUCGACUCACGCACAAGGCCAAGCUAUCCCCCAAUUCCCCCAUAUACGCCUACAUUGGUCUGCUUCAUCUGUUGAAUCAACUGGUUGGGGACGACGACAUCACCUCUGACAAGGAUUAUAAGCACAUCUUCAAAUGUCUCCGGAAUGCCCUCUUGCGCGAGAUGGGGAUUAUGAUAUAUGGGUUCCAUAUGCAGCCAUCAGUUCUGGAGUUCCAGCUUUGUUCAGCUGGUGUUCCCCCGCAUCAAGUCAGCUACCUCCUCAAUCCGGAGGACAAGCAAGAUGUCAUCUUGGCGUACAAACUCCUCAGGCACAUCUGGCGAAUGCCUCCGGCGGGAGCAAACACGCGUCCAGGCUUUGCUUCUGCACGGAAGUAUAUCUGUAUUCUCGGCGACUUUUUCAGGCACCUUAUCAGCCCCUAUAUUGACCCCAAGAUGUCAUUGCGCGACCAGUUAUUCCAUCUCAGUGUGGCCACACAUCUCAUGUGUAGCCUUUACAUGCACCCAGCAGGCGGCAAUGCUUUUCUCCCCAAGGUCUUGCACACCGACAUACAGAUCAUGAUCAAGAACACGUUCUUUUCUGUGGCAAAAGCAAAGGUCAAUCGGCCUUGCGGCGAGUUCUAUAUAAUUCUGCUGGGGACUGAUCGGCUGGAGGUUACCUUUGGGUAUAUCCGCAGCGUGGUUGGUAGCAAUGCGAACACUGAUAUUUACCAACUGGGUGGACGCAUCGCGGCAUUGACCAACACUGCUCAGAUACUCGCUGAUCACUCGGAGUGGGACAGUGGUACUCGCCGACUUCACCUCCCUCCAUUGGACUCAGAGGAGGAUAUCACCUCAAAAUCGGAUCACGUCAACCCAGCAUCGUGGCAGGGAAACGUGAACGUUCAACAUGUUCUCCCUGUAACAGCCUGGAACAAAGGC